AUGAUUGGUCGUUGUGAAGACGAGAAAAGUUUCUUUUCAAUUAGUGAACAGUAUUACUUACAGAAAUUUAAAGACAAUAAUAGACUAUUUUACAUAACAAGAAUGACAACAGAAGACUUCAAAUCACUGGCCGGAGUCUCUGCAGCGCUUACAAAUGAAGUCCUUAGUGAAGCACUUUCCAAAUGGUUUAAGGAAGAAGUUCAGUUUACACAUUGGGAGUACGUUGGUGAUACAGGCAAGGGUGACUCUUACCUUAGCGAAGUUAUACGAAUUAGAAUCCAUGGACUAAACACAAAUAAUAGGCCCUGUCACGUUCAAGUUAUACUUAAAAACAUUCCCAAAAAUGUCUGUAGGCGUCUUACAUUUCGAAGCGAUGAGUUUUUCAAAAACGAAAUCUAUUUCUAUCAAAAAGUUUUACCUGGUUUACUUAAGUUCCAAUCUAAGAAGAACGUGUCUGAACCGUUCACAAAUUAUACCAGGCUAUUUCUAGCUCAUACUGAUGGUUUGAACGACGUCAUAUGUUUAGAAGACGCGGGUUUACACAAUUUUGGUAGUUUCACAGUUAGACAGGAAGGCAUAGAUUACGAUCACUGCAAAGUGACUUUUAAAACGUUGGCACUAUACCACGCUCUAUCUUUUGCUAUGAAAGAUCAAGAGCCUGACGCUUUUAAUAGAAUUACUGAUUCUAUCUUCGAAACUUACUAUGAUCCCAGAUGCUGGGACUGGUACAGGCUUUUUUGGCGUAGAAUUUGCGGUAUUGCAAUAGAUGCUGUGGAAAAGGAAUAUCCAAAUACGAUAUAUGUUGAAAAAAUAAAACAAUUUGCGGUACCGGAAAGAUACGAGGACAUGAUAAGGGCUGUUCGAGACAAAACUAAUGGUGUUAUGUCUCACGGAGACUCGUGGACCAACAAUUUUUUAUAUAAAUACGAUAAUAAUAAGCCAAUUGCUGCGAAAAUCAUAGAUUUUCAACUGACCAGAUGUGCUAGUCCAGUUUUAGAUAUAGUUUUUGUAAUUUACGCCUGCACAGACCAGGAGCUAAGGAAGAAGCAUUAUGAUGAAUUACUCAAAUAUUACUACGAUGUGCUUUCCAAACAAAUAAGGGAAUUAGGCAGUGAUCCAGAUAAAAUUUAUCCAUGGGAUACAUUUAUGGCUGAAAUUAAAAAGUAUUCAUACUUCGGUCUGGCGUUCAGUUUUGAAUCUACGCCGUUUAUUGUACUGGCUCCUGAGGAUGCCGUGUCUAUGGAAAUGGAGGGAGAUAAAAAACUAAAUAUCGAUGAUUUCUGGCAGUUGAAACCAUUUAAGACCAAAGCAGGGAGAUUGAGGGAAGCUAACAAUGUAGUGCAUUGUGUUGAUAGAGGGUAUAUA